CGCGCCUCCAGUGGUGCUCCUCCUCCUCAGCAGUACGGCUAUGGCCCGCCUCCACCUCAGCAGGGAUACGGACCACCUCAGGGUUAUGGGCCGCCUCCCGGACAGUACGGAGGUCCUCCUCCUGGACAGUAUGGUGGCCAGCCUCAGGGACAAUAUGGCGGAGGAGGCGGAGGAGGUUAUGGAGGACCAAGGACGGGAGCACCUGCUGCGUACUCCAACAUGCCCGUCCACAGUCGUCCGCAGGGGGUACAGAGCGCCAAUGGUCAACAAUUUCAGUACUCGCAGAUGAAUGGUAAGCGCAAGGCUCUUCUCAUCGGUAUCAACUACGUCGGGUCGAAAGCUGCACUGCGAGGAUGCUGGAACGACGUGGACAAUAUCAAGAGGUUCAUCAUGAGUCGAGGAUACAAGGAGGAGGACAUGGUAGUCCUGACGGAUGCUUCGCGGGAUCCACGCUCCAUCCCUACGCGCCAGAACAUCACAGCCGCUAUGCACUGGCUUGUUCGUGGAGCCCAACCUGGAGACGCCCUCUUCUUCGAAUACAGUGGGCAUGGUGGUCAAGCCAAGGCUACACAGGGUGACGAAGCCGACGGCAUGAACGAGACGAUUUUGCCCGUGGACUACGCUUCGGCGGGCCAGAUGGAGGACGAUGAGCUCCAUUCGAUCAUGGUGCGACCCCUCCCGAUGGGCUGCAGGUUGACGGCCAUCUUCGACUCGUGCCAUUCGGGAACUGUGCUGGAUCUUCCUUAUGUAUACUCAACUAGUGGAAAGAUCAAGGAACCCAACGUCGUUGCCGAGGUUGGCAAGGGUCUCAUGGGUGCAGCUAUGAACUACGCACGAGGAGAUGUAGGCGGUAUGCUCAAGGGUCUGAUGGGUACCUUUACCGAGGCCAAGAACAGCGAAUCCGCCGAGGACAUUACCAAGCGGACAAAGUCGAGCCCUGCGGACGUAGUGAUGUUCUCUGGCUGCAAGGACUCACAGACGUCUGCCGACGCAGUCGAGGCUGGAAAGGCCACGGGAGCAAUGAGUUGGGCAUUCAUCACGGUCAUGCAGCAAGUCGGCAACAGUCAGAUUAGCUAUGUGCAGCUUCUCAAUGCAUGUCGUGAUGAGUUGGCGGCGAAGUAUAGCCAGAAGCCUCAGAUGUCGAGCUCUCACCCCAUCGAUCUGAACAUGGCGUUCAGCAUCUGAGCUGGACGUUCUCUACCUCGAAGUGUUACUCUUCAGACCCUGUACGGGCUUUGCCUACUGCAGCCCUACACUACUCUAUUGCUUCCGUCUUGCUAUUACAGAAAUCGUAUCGUUCGCCUUCUUCUUCUUCUGUGCUACUGACUGCGCGUGAUGCGGGUAUGGAUUGCCUGAGGUGGCUCUGACCACUGUAUGUGUGAGAAGCCGUAAGGAGAGUGGAUGUGGACUAAUGUACAAUAGUGUGGUGCGAAGGAGAACGACGUGUGAUCUCUGCAUUGGCUAGGAUUUAGCUUGCGCUUGUGCAAGAUUAUGACUUUGAGGGUGGUGAAAUCUGUAGAGGA